AUGCUUGACGGCCUUCCUGUGGAAGUGAUACAGCACAUUGUUCAUCAUCUGCCUACCGCCUCAUCCAUCAUUAACCUCUCACUGGUUAGUCGCAAACUACAAAAGGUUAUAGCUAGGGACGACUAUGCGUGCUUUCGCGAUUUCGUUAAGAGAUCAUUUCCCUCCAUUGAAACUCCACCGUUAUGGCGGGAGGCUGCUCGUGUUUUGACCUCGCGGUCACGAGCCUGGGAUCGUCGCGCAUUUGUUGCAAGAGAAUGCUAUCCGCCUGUGGAUCCUGAGGACAUGGCUGAAGCAAGAUCCUGGACUGCAGUAGGUUAUCAGCCAGUGAUCGACUGCUAUGAGACCUGGACAGGCUCAACUUGGUCAGAACGCAAAGAGGUGCUGGCAUGGGGAGCGGCUGGAAAACUUCGAAUGAGAGUUACCAAGAACGGCAAAGUGACGUGGAAGUCUUUUACAUGUCCUCAUGACCAUGUCCCGACCAUGGAUAUAGUCGAUGUCAAUUUGUUGCGACCAAAUCAGACCGAAAAGUAUUCAGAACAUGAAACGGCCAUCCUCGGAAGGAUAUCUGGUGACGUUGUCAGAGUUGUGUCGAACGACUCAGGAAAGCUGGUCCAGCAAUCAGUGUACAAUACCAAACCUAACGGAUUUCAUCGUAUGGAUGUCAGCAAAAGCCCAGAGCCUGUCCUUGCCACAUGCAAUAACGAUGGAAUCUCGCUAUUUCCCGUGGAUGGUACGACAUCUGUUGUGCAACCGAUUGACACUGUCCCCCUGCAGACGACGAGAGAUGUCCGAAAUCGUAUCAGGUGUGCGAAGUUUCUCUCCGACUCGGCAUUUGCUAUGUGUUUCCAGUACCUCGAAGGCAGAGAGCGCGCACCGAUUGAUGUUUAUCAUAUCAAUACGGCAGGGAUAACAUCGAAACCUUUUACACAGUUCUUUUCAGACCCACUUGAGAACGUCUCCAACCUCCGCCAAAGUGCGAAUACUGUGGUACCUUUGGAUGACGCUGCUGGUAUCUCCAACUUGCCCGGGCAGCUAUUCUUGUCCGGCUGGUCUGACGGUAUCGUCAGUCUUCAUGACGCCCGUACACCGAUUCGACCAGUUUCGACAUAUGUUGACGUGGUCGACGAUGGGCAAAUUCUUGCCAUUCUACCAAUUGGUCACGAACGCUUCCUUGCUGGAAGUUCUCAGAACGGUUGCCUCAAAACAUAUGACUUGCGAAUGCCUGGUAUGCGGCCCUAUUCAUAUCUUGAAGGGAGGACGCAGCUCUCUACGUCGCAAGCGAAACCAGGAGACGCGGAUACUGAGCUCUCACUCUCUGGCUCGCACAAGACGCGAAGGGACAUUAAUAUAUUCCUGACACCAAGUGUCAAAUACGACGAACGACUGUGGGAGCCGCUCCGAUCUGGUCGUCGCGCUCGUCGAACUGAACGGUACCGCGGAUGUGUAUAUUCUCUUGCGAGUCCCUCCCCGAGCUCACCUACCGUGUAUGCUGGAAUUGAGAAUCACGUCCUUCAACUCGAUUUUGUGUCCACAGACGAUAUUAGAAGCGGUAUUGAAGCUCUGGUAGACCCUGUGCUCGGAUUAAAUGACCGGUCAAAGGACAUUUUUAGUUUCUCCUGCUACGAGCGGCCCAGGGAAGGCUACGAGAGCACAGAUCCAGUCCUUCUGAGGAAGCAGCAGGGUUUGUUUGGCGAACGAAGAGAAAGUCAGAUAGACAAGAAAGAGAGCGAUGUAUCUAAAGGUGUGUCGGAACCAGGUUGGGAUGAACGAUGGCGUUUGAAUACAUACAGCAUGAAUCGUGGGAGAUGA